AUGAAUAUACCCAAUCAAUAUCUAGAAAAGACAGAAGAAGUUGCCGAUCAGGUAAUAAGAAAGGGGAAACAUGUCCUACCACAUGUCGCGCGAUUAUGUCUGAUAGCAACGUUUCUUGAGGAUGGUAUCCGGAUGUGGGUGCAAUGGAAUGAACAGCGUGAAUAUAUGGAUAUGAACUGGGGAUGUGGCAAAUUUUUGGCUACCACCUUUGUUCUUAUCAAUUUAAUAGGACAGAUUGGAGGCUGUGUGAUGGUACUCGGACGAUUGAAAGUGAGCAUUGCUUGUUGGGUAUUGUUUGGUAUCGUCGUGUUGCAAACGAUCGCGUAUUCUGUCCUGUGGGAUAUACAGUUCCUGUUGCGUAAUCUCGCCCUGAUCGGUGCAUUAUUACUCGUGCUAGCGGAAUCGCGCGGCGAAGCUCGAUCACUUUUUGCAGGCGUUCCUUCGCUUGGAGAGAACAAACCGAAGAAUUUCAUGCAACUGGCUGGUCGUGUACUUCUUGCAUUCAUGUUCAUCACACUGAUCCGUUUCGAGCUUAGUUUCUUGCAAAUCCUUCAGGACAUCGUCGGAUCCAUAUUAAUGGUACUAGUUACGAUCGGCUAUAAGACAAAGCUCUCAUCUCUCAUUUUAGUAGCACUGCUAACAAUUCUAAACCUGUACCAUAAUGCAUGGUGGACCAUACCAGCGUACAAGCCUCUGCGUGACUUUCUUAAGUACGAUUUCUUCCAGACGCUCUCUGUCAUUGGUGGCUUAUUAAUGAUUGUUUCCCUCGGGCCAGGUGGUGUUUCGAUGGAUGAACAUAAGAAAAAGUGGUAA